CAGGGGCUGAGGACAGUGGGCAAGGAUGUCCACCUCUCGCACUUUGCCCAUGCCAGAAGCUCCGUGAAACGAGAGAAAGCUGGGCUCCCACCGUGGCUCCUCGCCACCCGGUUCGCUGCGCUGAGCCGACACCAAGGCCGGAGGGCCGAGUACUCACCCAAGGAUGGCCGAGGAGAUCAUCGCUCCCGUGUACUGCACCGGCGUGUCUGCCCAAGUGCAGAAGCAGCGGGCCAAGGAUCUGGGCCUGGGCCGCCACGAAAACGCCAUCAAGUACCUGGGCCAAGAUUAUGAUCAGCUGCGGGCUCAGUGCCUGCAGAGUGGGGCCCUGUUCCGUGAUGAGGCCUUCCCCCCAAUAACCCAGAGCUUGGGCUUCAAGGAGCUGGGCCCCAACUCCUCUAAAACCUACGGCAUCAAGUGGAAGCGCCCUACGGAGCUGCUAUCAAACCCCCAGUUCAUUGUGGAUGGAGCCACCCGCACAGACAUCUGCCAGGGAGCACUGGGGGACUGCUGGCUUCUUGCUGCCAUUGCCUCCCUCACCCUCAACGAUACCCUUUUGCACCGUGUGGUGCCACACGGUCAGAGCUUCCAGAAUGGCUACGCUGGCAUUUUCCAUUUCCAGCUGUGGCAGUUUGGGGAGUGGGUGGACGUGGUGGUGGACGACCUGCUGCCCACCAAGGACGGGAAGCUGGUGUUCGUGCACUCCGCCCAGGGCAACGAGUUCUGGAGCGCCCUGCUGGAGAAGGCCUAUGCCAAGGUGAACGGCAGCUACGAGGCCCUGUCGGGGGGCAGCACCUCCGAGGGCUUUGAGGACUUCACGGGCGGCGUCACCGAGUGGUAUGAGCUGCGCAAGGCGCCCAGCGACCUCUUCCAGAUCAUCCUGAAGGCCCUGGAGCGAGGCUCCCUGCUGGGCUGCUCCAUCGAUAUCUCCAGUGUCCUGGACAUGGAGGCCGUCACCUUCAAGAAGCUGGUGAAGGGCCACGCCUACUCUUUGACCGGGGCCAAGCAGGUCAACUACCAGGGCCAGAUGGUGAGCCUGGUCCGGAUGCGGAACCCCUGGGGUGAAGUGGAAUGGACAGGAGCCUGGAGUGACGGCUCCAUGGAGUGGAACAACGUGGACCCUUAUGAGCGGGACCAGCUCCGGGUCAAGAUGGAGGACGGAGAGUUCUGGAUGUCCUUCCGAGACUUCAUGCGUGAGUUCACGCGCCUGGAGAUCUGCAACCUGACCCCCGACGCGCUCAAGAGCCGGAGCGUCCGCAGCUGGAACACGACGCUCUACGAGGGCACCUGGCGUCGGGGCAGCACGGCGGGGGGCUGCCGCAACUACCCAGCCACUUUCUGGGUGAACCCGCAGUUCAAGAUCCGGCUGGAGGAGGUGGACGAGGAGAACGACGACUAUGGAGGUCGCGAGUCCGGCUGCAGCUUCGUGCUCGCCCUCAUGCAGAAGCACCGCCGACGUGAGCGCCGCUUCGGCCGCGACAUGGAGACCAUCGGCUUCGCGGUCUACGAGGUCCCCCGGGAGCUGGUGGGCCGGCCGGCCGUGCACCUCAAGCGCGACUUCUUCCUGGCCAACUCGUCGCGGGCGCGCUCGGAGCAGUUCAUCAACCUGAGAGAGGUCAGCACGCGCUUCCGCCUGCCGCCCGGGGAGUACGUGGUGGUCCCGUCCACCUUCGAGCCCAACAAGGAGGGCGACUUCGUGCUGCGCUUCUUCUCGGAGAAGAAGGCCGGGACCCAGGAGCUGGAUGACCAGAUCCAGGCCAAUCUGCCCGAUGAGCGCGUGCUCUCGGAAGGGGAGAUCGAUGACAACUUCAAGACCCUCUUCAGACAGCUGGCAGGGGAGGACUUGGAGAUCAGCGUCAAGGAGCUGCAGACCAUCCUCAACAGGAUCAUCAGCAAACGUGGGGACCCCAAGACUACUCCCUUUGCCCUCAGAACCUGCGGCGUUUCCUUGAUGGUCGCCCAGCGUGACGGCAACGGGAAGCUGGGCCUGGUGGAGUUCAACAUCCUGUGGAACCGCAUCCGCAAUUACCUGGUCAUCUUCAGGCAGUUCGACCUGGACAAGUCCGGCAGCAUGAGCGCGUACGAGAUGCGGAUGGCCAUCGAGGCUGCAGGCUUCAAGCUCAACAAGAAGCUGUACGAGCUCAUCAUCACGCGCUACUCGGAGCCUGACCUGACUGUGGACUUCGACAACUUCGUGUGCUGCCUCGUGCGGCUGGAGACCAUGUUCCGGUUUUUCAAAGCUCUGGACACAGAUCUAGACGGAGUGGUGACCUUCGAUUUGUUUAAGUGGUUGCAGCUGACCAUGUUUGCAUGAGGGGCUCGGCCCCCGGCUGUCUCCCGGCCCUUCCUCGUCUGCCGCGCCACGCCUCUGCCCAGCCACAGCAGGCCACGCCAGCUGCAAGUGCCUUCCUCAGAGCAGGAGGUGGCCUUGCCCUCCUGUCCCUCCUUGCCACAGUCAUCAGCUCUGGGCGGAGCCGUGCGACCCUCCUGCCUCCCCCGGCCGAGGGCUCACGGGGACUCCCUGGCCCAGCCAUCACCAAGCGGGAGGCAGCUUUCGCCUGUUCGGCCGCAGGAUGGGCUCCGGAGGAGCUUAGGGCCAGGCCUCUGGCCCCUCGAUGGCCCCGCCCUCACUCCAGAAGCUCCUCUCCUGGCCUCACCUGCUGACCGUCAGCCAUAACCACUAGCCCCGCAGUGUCCACCGCCCAGAUCUGCCGAGCGCCUGCUCCCUGCCCUGCAGGUCGACCCCCGCUUCUUCUCCCUUCCCCUCUGCCCCACGGCCCGCCCCUCAUCUUGCAGGGUGCCUGCCACCAAGCAGCCCACGGCCUGGCCAGGCCUCCGCGCUCGCCUACUUCCCUCCUUUUUCAUACUGGUGAUACUAAAGGGGACACUAAAGGGGCGGGUGCACCAGUUACGGGGUGUCAGAGCACCUGGGUGUGGGACAGGAGGGUCUCGUUUCCAUGCAGAGAAACCCCAAAUAAUAAAGGGAACGACCCCA